GUUCUAGAUCUCAUUCCAAAGAUAAGUUCUGGCGUUCUUCGAAAAUCAGGAUAUAUAGAACCAAAAUAUUCUUGUACUGCGGAUAUGCAAGAAUUUUGACCUGUUGUGGCUGUCCACUCAAUAGUACAAAUUUACCAAGUCCACACAUUCUAACACGAGUCCUUCUAGAUGCUAAAGUUUUCUCCCAUGGGAACUCUGACUGAGAAAAAUCAUACGCGCCGGCAUUCACAGCAAACAGUUGGAUAUAACGACACAUACACCGCGGGAUAUCCACAGUUCAGCUUAAUGACAAGGUGGGAACUCAGAAAUGUACACCUUUCAAUAAUUCCAGGUCUACAGAUAAAAUCCAUUCUAUCUAAUAAUUUUCCAAGGGACCAGAAAAAGCAAGGAAAUGGUGUCUCAUCAUGCAGAACAUGACAAAUCUUAAACCUACUUUUCUUUUUGCCAAGUCAUUUGGUUUUCUCACCUACACAAUUCCAAAUGGCAGGAUUUCAGUGGUUAUCAAAAGGCUCUGAUUAAUGAUAGGCUCAUUAAGUGCUUAUAUUAUCUAGUGUCCUUCCACCCAAGAAUCUAAUAAUCUUCUUCUUUUCUUGCUUCUAAUCACAUCUUUUUUUUUAGACGGCAAAAGUCAAUAAUCCUACCGAACACAAUUUUGAAUAAGAGCAUAAUAUACAAACCAAACUAUUCCCACUUCUUGCACCAUUAAAUUCAACCAUCUCUAGCUCUUUUCUGUCGUUCUUUGAUUAUUUUUCAUCUGUUGCAGUAUCUGCUCAUGAGAUGCAGCUAACUCAUCUUUGUUUCAUGUUACCUGUCGAUCUCGAUGAAAUCGAGCAACCAAGACAGGUACCAGGAACCAUAAACAAAGAAUUAGAUAUGGAGAAGGAAAAGGAAAAGGAAAAUCAUCGUCGUUACCAUCAUUUUAUUGCUUUCAUCCGUAAAUCGCUUGAACGUUUCUGUAACCAUAGAUGGGUUGGGUUCUGCAAAGAUUUUCCGAAACAUCAUAAGCAGAAUUACGCGGAAACUUUUCAGGAUAUUUCUGGAAUCUUAUUGUCAGAUAAGUUGAACAACAACAAUCCAAGAAUUUUCAGUUAUUCUGAGCUUUAUAUUGGUACUAAUGGAUUCAGUGAAGAUGAAAUUCUUGGAAGUGGUGGUUUUGGUAGGGUAUACAGAGCAGUUUUACCUAGUGAUGGAACUGUUGUUGCAGUGAAAUGUGUUGUAGAGAAAGGGGAUAAAAUUGAGAAGACAUUUGCUGCAGAAUUAAUGGCUGUUGCACAGCUUCGCCACCGGAAUCUUGUCAAGUUGCGCGGAUGGUGUGUUCAUGAGAAUCAGUUAUUGCUAGUUUAUGAUUAUAUGCCUAAUAGAAGUCUUGAUCGAGUACUCUUCAAGCAACAAGAAAAGACAGGAAUUGCACCUUUGAGUUGGGAAACCCGGUGGAAAAUCAUAUCUGGUCUGGCAGGUGCUUUGUUUUAUUUACAUGAGCAGUUGGAGACUCAGAUAAUUCACCGGGACAUCAAAACGAGUAACGUGAUGCUUGAUUCGCAUUAUAAUGCUCGGCUUGGUGACUUUGGCUUGGCUAGAUGGCUCGAUCAUGAACUCCAACUCCCUACCUCAUUGCCUACGCUUACACUGAGCACAAGAAGUCAAAAGUUCCGUUUAGCGGAAACAACUAGAAUUGGUGGAACAAUUGGUUACCUGUCACCUGAGAGCUUCCAGAGAAAUACAAUGGCUACCGCAAAAUCCGAUGUGUUCAGCUUUGGAAUCGUUGCACUGGAGGUUGCAUCUGGGCGUCGAGCAGUUGAUCUUGCAUAUCCGGAUGAACAGAUAGUUCUGCUUGACUGGGUACGGCAGCUUUCUGAUGAAGGAAUGUGUCUGAAAGCCAGAGAUCUGCAGUUGCCAGAAGGAUCUUAUAAGGGUUCUGAUAUUGAGCGGCUUAUGCAUCUUGGUCUGUUAUGCUCACUGAAUUCUCCACAACAGCGACCCACCAUGAAAUGGGUAGUAGAAGCACUUUCAAGCAAUUUUGUUGGUGAGUUACCAGCUCUCCCGUCGUUUCAGUCACACCCUUUUUAUAUCUCCUUGUCCUCUGCAACCACCACUGCCACCAGAACAACCAUAUCAACAAUAUCUGCUGCAUCAAAUUCAUCUAUUUACUUCACUGCCACUGAAGACACCAUGUUUUUGACUGCUGAAAAUGGGGAAAGCAAAAGCAGAUCUGACGAACGUAUGAAGACAUUCAUAUCGGUUGAUACACCACGAGAGAUAUCUUAUAAGGAACUUGUUUCUGCCACAAAUAACUUUUCAGAAGAUCGGAGAGUCGCAGAGCUGGAUUUUGGAACAGCUUACCAUGCCUAUUUAGACAAUCACCACGUCUUGGUAAAACGUCUGGGGAUGAGGACAUGUCCAGCUUUGCGGUCUCGCUUCUCUGAUGAACUUCGGAAUCUGACAAGGCUUAGACAUCGCAACCUUGUUCAGCUCCGUGGAUGGUGCACCGAACAAGGAGAAAUGCUGGUAGUCUAUGAUUACUCAGCUUGUCAGCUUUUAAGCCAUCUUCUCUUUCAACAUCGUCAGGAGAACACAAACCUGGCUUUAAAGUGGAGUCAUCGGUACAAGAUAAUGAAGUCACUUGCAUCGGCCAUCCUUUAUCUUCAUGAGGAAUGGGAUGAGCAGGUCAUUCAUAAGAACAUCACUUCUUCAGCAAUUAUUCUUGAUCAGAACAUGAACCCGCGUCUAAGUUGCUUUGCCUUAGCUGAAUUCCUGGCCAGAAAUGAGCAUGGCCCCCAUGUCAUUAUUGACCCUAAGAAAUCAGUUCAAGGGAUCUUUGGUUAUAUGUCACCGGAGUACAUUCAGACUGCAGAAGCAAAGACCUCCACUGAUGUUUAUAGCUUCGGAGUGGUGGUGCUUGAGGUGGUGAGUGGAAGAAUGGCAGUUGAUUUCCGCCGACCUGAAGUGUUACUAGUAAAGAAGGUCCAUGAAUUCGAGAAUCAGCAACGGUCCCUAUUAGAACUAGUUGAUGGGAGACUAGAUGGAGACUAUGAUCACAAAGAGCUGGCGAGGCUGGUAAGAUUGGGAAAGGCUUGCACAAAUUCAAACCCAGAAUUGCGGCCAAGCAUGAGGCAGAUUGUAAGUAUACUUGAUGGAAAUGACUCGCUGUUAAAAGAAGUGCAAAGACCGGAAAAUCCGGAAGAAUGGCGGAACCAGAAUGGCUGUUCUUUAUCAUUGAUCAGAAGAAUCCAAGCACUUGGAAUACAAUGAACAUCCAAACAGAUAAACUGAUAACAAAGGUACAAAUCUACAGAUCAAGACUCCUAUAGUUUUUUUCCUAUUAUAAGUAACAGUUUUGUAAAGAAAACAGCACUACUUUUCUUUUCUUUUCUUUUUUUUGUUAUUUUUUUAGCUGUAUAUUGUGUGACCAGUUGAGAGAUGUGUAAUAUAGGAUUAUGGAGAUUUAACAACUACAGGUUUAAAUAAUAUUGUUAGCAGGGUGAAGGUUAUGUAUGUAAAUUGUUUUUCUAUUUGAUUAUGAGUUUCACAUUCCAGUGUGUUUUGUAUGUAUAGUUGUGAUGCAAAA